UGAGAGCUGAUAGUGAAAUUUCUACAAGCAUAAAAUAGAUACUGCCAUAUGAAGAAACAGCUGUUAGAUCACAUGUGUACUCCAGCGAUAUUUGACGCAUUUGCUAUGAUUUUGAUAAUUUUCAUUGUUUGGAAUUGUGAAAAUAGAAAUUUUGUUAACUCAUUUUCAAUUGUUGAUUUAAAGUGGUUGUAAAAAACAGCAUUUUGAUACAUUAUUACUAGUUUCUGCUAGUUUCCCUGCAAUCUUCCUCCUCCUGAUAGCUAGCAGUUAAGAUACAAAGCUACCAUUCGCUUGUCACAGCGUUUUUCUGCAAUUGUCAGCAAUAAAUAAAACAGCUGUGUUCCAUUAUUAUUUUGUUCCCUAGAAAAAUACCAUUCGCUGCCGCAUCUUUUUUCUUCAUCUAUUGAGAAAGUUUAUUUAAAAAAUUUGUUUUAUUGAUUUAAAUAUAUUACAAUGGCAGAAGAAUGGCCCUCGCAAAAAUUUCGCCAGAGCAUGAUUGCAAAAAUUAAUCAAGCUCUACAAACGACGGAUCCUACGAAAAAUGCUGGUGUUAUGGAAAAUCAUAUUUUCAAGAAGUCACGCAGCAAGGAGGAAUACAUGGGUUUAGUGGCAAAACUUUUUAUGCACUUCCAAGAUUUAGCACAAAGCUACGCAGGAAAGCCUACACAACCGCCGCCGCAACAAAAUACCGAAAUGAACCAGCAAGGUAUGAUGCCAGACCCCUUAAAUGCGCUCCAAACACUUGCUAGCCAAGGUAAUCGUAAUGCUCAAAUGGCUGCCGGUCCCAAUCCCAAUCAAAUGGGUCCUGGCGGUCCCGCUGCUGCGACAAAUUUAUUACAAACACUAAGUCAGCAGCGACCAGGACAGCAGAUGCAACAAAUGCAGGGCAUACGUGGGCAAAUGCCCAUGGGUGCUAGUCCCAAUCAACAGAUGAUGCAACAAAUGAGUGGAAAUAUGGGUGGUGGUGGUAUGCAAAUGAAUGUUAUUGGUGGUGGGGGUGGUGGUGUUGGUAUAGGUAACGCAGGUGGACAGCAGCCCCAUAUGGUUGGCAAUGCCCAGCAAAUGGGUGGAAUACCCGGCCAGAUGAAUCAAAUGGGUGGUGGUGGUCCCGGUGGACCAGGAGGUCCUGGUGGCCCAGCACAACAAAUGCAAAUGGGUCCCGGCCAAAUGCAAGGUGGACCAAUGAACGUGAACGCUAUGAACGUACAGCAAAUGCAACAAAUGGGGCAACAACAAAUGGCCCAAAUGGGUAUGAACCACCAACAGCUCAACCAAAUGAUGAACGCACGUAUGAACGCAGGGGGUCCGAUGGGGCCAAACACUGGCCCACAAGGCAUGCAGAGCAUGCCACCAAAUAUGCAACAGAACCAAGGCGGCCCAAUGCAUGCGGGCAAUGUAGUGGGUGGGUCACAAGGUCAACAAGGUGGUGGCAUGCCACAAAACGCUGGACAGCAAGGUGGCAUGAACCAAAUGAUUGGUAUGGCGCCAAAUAUGCAGCAGAAAGCAAACAUGCCUAUGGGUCAAAGUGGUCAAAUGUUCCAAGUUAACCGUGGUGUUCCUGGCCAACAACAACAGUUCUUACGUCAGAGUCCCUCACCAAGCACUGUCCCUUCACCUGCUGGCAUGACUGCGGUCCAACAACAAUUGCAGCAGCAACAGGCACAGCAGCAGCAGCAACAACAGCAGACAGCACAAAAUCAGCAACAGCAGCAACAACAGUCGCAGAUGCCUAAUCCGCAAAUGAUUCCCAGUCCAGCGUUAGUGCCGACCUCAAGUCCACAAAUGUCGAAUCUUAUGCAGAAUUCACAACGACAAAUGCGUCAAUCGCCCAGCGCCCCACUCAACACACCAGGUCAGGUGGCAAGCAACAGCCCUUUCAAUCCCCAAGAAGAUCACUUGUAUCGCGAGAAAUACAAACAACUAACCAAGUAUAUUGAGCCACUAAAACGCAUGAUGGCCAAAAUCGGCACUGACGGCGCAAAUACCGAAAAAUUCACUAAAAUGAGCAAAUUACUGGAAAUUUUGAGUAAUCCAAAUCAGCGUGUGCCCUUGGAAACACUGUUAAAAUGCGAGAAAGCGCUGGAGAAACUGGAUAUAGUUAAUUUCACGGGUCAACAAUUUGGCAAAUCUUCAAACCCACUGAUGGAAGUUGUAAAUACAACACUUCAAAGCCCACUAGCCAAUCACACGCUACAUCGCACUUUCCGUCCUUGCUUAGAGUUACUCUUCGGUACCGAUAUAUGCGCUCCAGCACUGGCCAAAAUACAACGCAUGUCCGAGAAGCCCUCUCAGUAUGAGUGUGAGAUACCGCAUGUUCUGCAAGGCGAAAUAGCGCGUUUGGAUCAGAAAUUUAAGCUAACACUAGACGGCACAACGCAAAAUAAUCCGAAAUCCAUCAAAGUGAUUUGCUGUCUCGAUGACAAGCGAUUACCAUGUGUACCACCAAUUACCGUUACUAUACCAGAGGAGUAUCCGAUGGCAUCGCCUAACUGCGCAUUGGCUCAACAUGAGUAUGCCACUACUCCAUUCCUGAAAGCAGUACAGGAAGCACUGAAAGCGCGCAUUGCCAAAUUACCGAAAUUGUACUCGUUGUCACAUUUACUAGACACCUGGGAGAUGUCAGUGCGUCAAGCUUGUUCACCAAACAACAAAAACGUCUUGGAUUUGGCUGCAGUCUUUGGGGCUUAAGCGUUCUGACAUAAACAACCCGCUCUUUUAUUCUACAUCGUUAUUUUGUAUACAAUAUUUGGCUAUUUUACUUUUUUAUGUCAAAUCUAAACUAAAAUAUUUUAUAUAACAUACAUACAAAAAAACAGUUUUCAUUUAAUAAAUAUUAUACAAUAUUAUAUAUUGGACCAGCAAUAAUUAUUUUCUCUUUACAAAUUCAUUGAUAUGAUUUGAUACUAAAAAUUGUCAUAAAUUCAAUCUAGUACUCCUUAGAAACACCAAAUGAGACAAGUUAUUAUUAUUUCGUUCCCACGAUAUUCAAAUCUACGUAAUCAGAGCGAACCGACUAAGGACUUUCAACUCGGCAGCAUUCCGUAAGAUUAUGUAAGGAACAAUUUCUGCCGCAACAACAACAUCGUAUUAUAAUUUUCCCGUUGGAAAAAGUUAGCAGGGCCAAACAACCACACUUGUUAUUUUCCCACUUAGUCUUUUCAACGCCAAUCUUCCCUUCUGCUGUCUCCAUGGAGGUCUCUGACGAAUAUUUUCACUGCCUUUACAAAAUUUAUGCAAAUACACGGUCUCCACUUUCAUGCGGUGAGUUCUAACUAGGCAGUAAUUGCUCUAAUAGUAAUAACUAACGGCGUCCUCAGAAAUCCUUUCCCAAUUGUGUUUUCUUCGAGAGAAGGGAGCUGUAGGAAGUGGAUGACAUAGACUUUGAAGAUAAUUUGCUUACUGUAGCACUGACAGUCGUGACUGCCUAACAGGAAGGGACUGGGAUGUAUAUCCUGGCGAAUAGCGGAAACCGACACCAGGAAUUUGGACAACCGUUUUAAUAGGAUGCGCUUUUGUGGGGUCAGCCGACGAAGGGACUAAAGUAUUGCUGUUGCACCACCGGAAACAAUUCAUUGUGUGUUUUUAGCCUGCGACUAAACUGAUCAGUUGGAAACUCUUACGAGAGCGUGUUUUUUCUGUUGUUAAAGAGAACAAGGAGUAAUAUUUCCUAUCAUUAAGGAAGCAGUCAUCACUGUUGUUUGGGUUCAAACUAGACUGCUAAAGUCACAAUUCGGUAAGGUGUAGAAUAGUUCAGCCACGCUGACUGGGACAUAUUGCUCGAAUGGACACUGAGACUCCUUAAUCUUCUUUUAUUAGUUAUCGAUAUAACAGCUAGCAUAAACUGACAAAGUACAACCUCCACCUGGUUUAGUUGACCCAGACUCAGAAAUUCAAGAUAUAAAUAAAACACCUUUUAA